GUGUGCGCGGUCGUGGCCAUUGAUAGAGCGACUUAACAUCAAACUGAUUUCAGUCGAAUAGAUAGAGUCCAACAGGUGCAGUGAUAGACGACGAGCACCAAGUGGACAAGACACCAGUGGACAAACAGUGAAAUUGUUGAUUUGAUUGUAUCAGUGAUAGCCAGUGAUAUAACAAUAUUGUGUUAAAAAAUGAUGACGCCGACCGAAAUUAGCAAUUUGAAAAAAGUGAAGUUGGAGAAUUUUUGGGACGAGGUCGAUCCCAAAAACAUAUCGCCUGAGUAUCCAAAAAAUGAAAUCCAGGAUUUUUUCAGCGGCGGAAGCGUCUUCAUAACCGGCGGUACCGGAUUUUUGGGAAAAUUAUUGAUAGAAAAAAUACUGAGGACAUGUCCCGAUUUGUCAAGAAUCUACAUCUUGGUCCGAGACAAAAAAGGGAAAGAUGCAAAAAAUAGAUUAAAAGAUAUGUUAAAUGAUGUGGUAUUCCAGCGAUUAAAGAAAGAGAGUCCGUUGGCCCAACAAAAAUUGGAGGUUGUUUAUGGAGAUGUUGGCAAGCCCGAUUUAGGGUUGUCGGAAAGUGAUAGAAAAAUUAUACAGGAUAAUGCAACAGUUAUAUUACACGUAGCAGCCACUGUCAAUUUCCACGAGCCAUUAAAAAACUCAGUUGCCAUAAAUGUUAAGGGGACAUUAGAGAUGUUGAAACUGGCGAAAAACUGCGAAAAACUAAAAAGCGUUGUUCAUGUUUCAACCGCCUUUUCCUUCUGCCCGCACAAAGAAAUAGACGAAAAAUUUUAUAAUAUGCCAGUCAAAUAUGAUGAUUUAAUUCAGUUAACAAAUACGCAUGAUGACCAAAAACUCGAAAGUAUGUUGCCAAAAAUUUUAGGUGAAUGGCCAAAUACUUAUGCUUUUACAAAGGCUGUAGCCGAAGACAUUGUGAGGAAAAACGCGGACUCAUUACCGAUAUCGAUAUUUAGACCUGGCAUAGUGAUUGCAACAUACAAAGAACCAAUUCGUAGUUGGAUCGACAACGUGUAUGGACCUACGGGGGUUGCGAUGGGCGCCGGAACGGGAGUCCUGCACGUGUUCCGAUGCACAUCGUCGGAAAUCAUUGAAAUGGUUCCAGGCGACUUAGUCAUAAACGGAAUUAUCGCAUGCGCUUACAACACCUCGACAAUGAACCACACACAAAGGCACCCAGAAGAUAUAAAAAUAUAUAACUACGUAUCAUCAAUAGAAAAUCCAAUAACUCACGAAGAAUUUAUGGAAAAAAAUGAUCGAUAUGGAAAGCAAUACCCAACAAUAAGGGCUUUAUGGUAUCAUUGUUUAAUAUUGACGAAUAACGUGCCAUUCUACUACCUCUGCACAUUAUUCCUGCACUUCAUCCCAGCUCUGAUAUUCGACGGUUUUGCUCUCCUAACAAAUAAUAAGCCACAAUUAUUAAGAUUGUAUAAGAAAAUCCAUAAAUUCAGUGGAGCCAUCGCUUACUUCGCUUGCAACUCUUGGGUGUUCCAUAACAACAACACACAAGCGUUAUGGAAAGGAUUAUCGCAUUCUGCCCAAGUAGUAUAUCCAUUCAGUAUGGCAGAUAUGAGUUGGGAGAAACAUAGCGAAACGCAUUUACUUGGUUUGAGGACAUAUUUAUUGAAAGAGGAUUUAGAUACAUUGCCAAAGGCGAUCGUCAAGUAUCGCAGAUUAAAACUGUUGCACAAUACAGUCAAGCUACUAUUCUGGCUCUUCAUGAUUUACUGUGUAUACUGUGUGUUCACGAAUAUUUUGUUAUUUAUAUUCUAA